AUGGUUCGUGAAAUCAUCACCGUCCAGCUCGGCGAGCUGAGCAACUACGUCGCCACCCACUUUUGGAAUACACAGGAAUCCUAUUUUACCUACGGCGACGAGGAAAAGUCUCCCGUCGACCACAACAUCCACUGGCGCGAAGGUAUAGGCGCCGACGGCUCAGAGACCUUCCUGCCCCGCGCCCUCAUAUACGACUUUCGCUCUAGCUUCGGGCCCCUGGGCAGAUCGAAUCCUCUAUACGAGAACGAAGAGGACGAUCCAAACCGACAUCUCUGGCACGGCGAUGCAUCCAUCCACAAACAACCUCUCAUCCCUAAAUCCACCUACCACGCCGCCCUAGACGCGGGAAUCACACCCACCCUGACGUCCUCCGCCGUGCGGUACUGGUCCGACUUUACACGUCCGUUCUUCCACCCCCGGUCCAUUGUUCAGCUGAGUGAUUUGGAAGGUACGCCGUCCAAGAAGGCGGCGACGUCGGAGGGAAAGGAAGAUGUUGGUACCACGGCGCCGACGCUGGACACUUUCGACCAAGGAAGAGAGCUCUUCAAGGGGAUAGAUGCGGCCGAGGACGUUCUGGAUCAUCACCUGAGGCUGUUCGUCGAGGAGUGCGAUCUCUUGCAGGGGAUGCAGCUCGUCGUCGGCGGAGAGGACGGCUGGUCUGGUUUCGGGGCAGCGCUAUUAGAGAGGGUACGUGAUGAGUACGCGAAGAGUUGCGUAUGGGUUUGGAUGCCCGAGGGCCCAUCCGGCGGCAAAAAAGAGAAACAAAUCCUCCGCCUCAUCAACAAAGCCAAAACCCUCACCGAAACCCUCCCCAUCUCAACAACCCUCAUCCCCCUCUCCCUCCCCUCCGCCACCCACCUCCCAUCCUACUCCCUCAACCCCUCAUCCCCCUGGCACGUCUCCGCCCUCCUCUCCACAGCCCUCGAAUCCUCCACCCUCCCAACUCGCCUGCACCCCUUCGCGCAACAUCCCACCCCGACCACGCUCUCCGACCUCUCCGCCGCCCUGAAUCUCCAGGGGAGACACAACCUCGCCCGUCUGCAGAUGGGGUUAGGCGAGGGUCGCGGUGCGGCGGAUGCGUCUGAGGCGUUGGAUAUCGACUUGUUUGAUCUUACGGGGCGCACGGGGAGGGAGCCGAAGGCGAGGGGCGGUGCUUUUGGGAGGGUUUUAGUGCAGAGGGGGGAUAAGAGAUCCGAGGAGCAGGAGGACGAGGUGUUUAAAGCCUUGUUUGACGAGAUGAACGACAAUACCCCUACAUCAAGAUUCAAAUCUCCCCUCUCCUACCCCCUCCCCGACAGCUUCCCCCCAAUCUACCAAACCAAAUCCCCCUCCCUAACAGUCGACGCCCUCCUCUCCACCGACGCCCAGGUCUCCGUGUCCGCAAAGACCCUCCGCCGCCUCGUCCUCCCCGUCCUGCGCGGGGACGAACGCGAAAACGUCGGGAAUGCUCUGGCUGAGAUUGCCGAGGAGUAUCAUGAGGGAUGGUCUAGUGGGAGCGAUGAUGAUGAUUAUUAG